GCUACAUCGAACGUCAAGCCAGACGCUUCCCAAUCAUGAUGUACACGUUGAUACAGUGCGUACCAUGUCAAAAAGCCAAACACCUACUAGCGGUCAACUACGCCGAUGUGGCAGCACAUUUCUUAGAAUUCGCUGGCCAUGAAGACUGGCAACGACAGCUAUCUGUCGAUCUCAUCCAACUGACUGGCCAAGAAACCUUCCCCUACAUUUUCAUAUGCGGACAGAAUAUUGGAGGUAAGAAACUAAUGUACGUAUGAAC